UCGUGUGGCGGUUUGUUUGGAUUUUCUCAGUUGUGCCUCUGACGCUGGACGGAGCCAAGAGUUACAAAUUCAAGAACGGUCAUCCGGUACCACAGCGAGGCUUUUAUCUUCUGUCUGAGGAGGAAUGGACGACUCCACUAGACGCCUACUGCAGCGGCUCAUACGACGGAUACCGGCUCCAAUGUUGAAACCGACGCUGGAGAAGUGGGGCCGCUUGACGGUGGCGCAGCGACAGUCCAUGGACUACACCCAGAGAAAAUGGCCGUUAACGGAGAAGCUGCUCUCCAUCUGCGAGGAAAAUGAGUGGACAACGAAACACAUCACAGAGCUGGAAAUGAUCUGUGUCAUCGACAAUCCGAACCAGGGGAUGUGGCGCGCCUUCCAGCUCAUGGACCCUGAGGAUGACGCUCACUCUUUAGAGCUGACACAGUUCAAGGAGCAAUUUAAGUCUCACCUCAGUGAGCUUGUAAGACAUGUGUCUGUCAAAAUAAAGAAGCACACAGAUGAAGCUGUAUGGAUUCGGAUUGCGUGGGGUGACGGUUUCUCCCGGCCCAAUCACCUGAAACCAACAUAUGUUGUUCAUCAUCUUCAAACCUCUUUUGUCUUUGUGACCAGCCUAACUUCGAAGCAAAAGCCCCUAUUAUCACAGGCCUUGGUUCUGUCCACCAGACAUCAUGCUAUUAAGGAUGCUAACCUCAGUGGACGGAAUCUCACGGCUAUCAGGGACCUGCUGAUGAGGCAAUAUGAACAGGUGUUUCCCACUAAGUACUCCAGCCCACUUGAAGAAAAGAAUCAAACUCCCUCAAACCCUCACAUUGAAAGAGAACAAGCUGGGCCUUUCGCAAACAGACUUCAGAUGGCCUGUGAGGCCUUUGGUGGUGGGACGUUACCUCAACUACAGUCCGCAGUUUACAAGCUGGAGACCAAAUUCAGAGACCAAACCAACAGGAACAUGACGGAGCGGGAGGAGCCGUUCAGAUGUGUUGUCAAAUUUGAAAGUACCAACCUCCUGGAGUCACUUAGACACUCUGCAUCCUCAGGAAUUGCUUCGACCCCUGUCACCCCUCUGCUCUCAUCUAUUCCUUUAAAAGGAAGGAAUUAUUUUGUCAUCACAGAUAAUGGCCCUGGUCCUGCCUCGCAAAUGCACCCAUCACAGAAGUGACAGGUGACAGCCUUGAUUUAAAGGACUCACAGUGUGGCCUGUUCUCACUUGUCCUGUGUACAUUCCACCAAUGGUUUGCUAUUAAUGUUUAAUCAUUGAUCUUAAACACAUGGCUCUUGAAGAGUCAUGGCUAACUGUAUUUUAGAAUUAGAUGUUCCCCUCUGUUUUUAUGCACUUGCAGUUACAAAUACAUCGGUGUCGUGCAAUAGCUAAUUGUCCUCGUAUUAUCUUGUGUUGCUGUAAUGCUGAAUUUUUUUACCAAUUAAAGGUGAUAUAUGUCAAAUUGA